AUGUCUAAAUAAACUAAAUAAGAUAAACAAGAAAAAGAAAAAGAUGAGAAAGAUAAAAGAAUAGCAGUUGCAAUAAAUUUCAUUAACACACCAAAUUUGUAAAAUGUGCCUAGAUCAGAUAUAGAAAAAUUUCUUAAGAAAAAAGGUAAAAUCCAUUUUGUAAAUUAGGUUUGGGAGAUGCUGAAAUAACUGAGGCAUUUGAAAAAGCUAAACAAUAGAAGGAAGAACUUAAGGCUAAAGAAGAUGAGAAAGAAAAAGAAUUAGUUGUUAAAUUACAACAGCUUGGAGGAAUUCCAUAAUAGAAUACAACAUUAGAAAAAUUUAUUAGUCCCUAAGAAUUAAAAGAAAUAGUUGAAAAAGCAAAAAUUUCUAAUUUGAUAUCAAUCAGAAAUAGAGGAGUCAAUACAAUUUAUGAAUAGAUUCUUGGUUUAAAUAAUUUACAAAUUCUGAUCAUUUCUAAUAAUAAAAUCUAAAUUAUUCCUUAAAGCAUUAAAAAUUUAACUAAUUUAAAAGUAUUUCAUGCAUCGUGUUGUAAUUUAUAAGAUCAUAAUAUUGAAAAUGAAUUUUUUGAACUUAAAUAAUUAUAAGAGUUAAAUAUGGCUAAGAAUUAAUUAUCAAAUAUUGAUAGAUUUACAAAUUUAUCAGAACUUAUAUUGUUAGAUUUAUCAAACAAUGAAAUUUUCAAAAUUCCAGAUGAUAUUGAUAAGUUAAAUAAAUUAAAAUUAUUAAGUUUAAGAGAUAAUCAUUUAACUUAUCUUCCUAUUCAAUUAAAAAAGUUAAAUAAUUUGAAAAAAUUAUAUUUAGAUUAAAAUGCUCUUGAAGAUCCAAAUUAAACAUUAAAAUAAAAUAAUCCUGAGUUAAUAUUCUAAUAAGGAAUAUUUGAAGAACAAAAUUAAUAAUGA